AUGGCGCAGGUGAACCAGGUCCUGGACCGGGAGCUGUGCUGCGAGGUGGCGGAGGACUUCGACGCGAUCGUGCUGGAGGCGGAGGACAGCGCGGCGUCCGCGAAGAAGGACGUGGAGUUCCUGUCCGAGGAGGACCUGGAGAACCUCGUCGCGCGCCCGCCCGUGGUCACCGUGAUGGGCCACGUCGACCACGGGAAGACGUCGCUGCUGGACUACAUCCGGAAGUCGCGCGUGGCGGACGGCGAGGCCGGCGGGAUCACGCAGAGCAUUGGCGCGUACAACGUGCGGGUGGAGGGGGACAACGACUCCGCGGGGGAGAUCUGCUUCCUGGACACGCCGGGCCACGAGGCGUUCAGCGCGAUGCGCGCGCGCGGUGCCAAGGUCACGGACAUCGCCAUCGUCAUCGUGGCGGCCGACGACGGCAUCAAGCCGCAGACGACCGAGGCGAUCAGCCACGCGCAGGCCGCGGGCGUCCCGAUCGUGGUGGCCGUGAACAAGAUCGACAAGGACGGCGCGGACGUCGAGCGCACCAAGGCGGGCCUCGCGGAGGUCGGCCUGCUGUGCGAGGAGUGGGGCGGGGACGUGCCCGUCAUCCCCGUGUCCGCGAAGAAGGGCACGGGCGUGACGGAGCUCCUCGAGACGCUCCUGCUCGUCGCGGAGGUGCAGGAGCUGGUGGCGAACCCCAAGCGCAACGCCAGCGGGACGGUGAUCGAGGCGCAGAUGGACCAGAAGCGGGGCGCGGCGGCGAGCAUUCUGGUGCAGGCCGGGACGCUCAAGGUCGGCGACGUGGUGGUGUGCGGGUCGGCGUUCGGCCGCGUGCGCGCGAUGGUGAACGACCGCGGCGCGACGGUGGAGGAGGCGGGCCCGUCGACGGCGGUGCAGAUGUUUGGGCUGAACGCGGUGCCGACGGCGGGGACGGUGUUCCAGGUGUACGAGGACGAGUCGGCGGCGCGGUCCGCGGCGGGCGAGGCCGGCGCGACGGAGCGCACGGAGCGCCUCGCGUCGCAGAUGGGCGAGUCGAUGGUGACGGCGUCGACGCUGGUGUCCGUGGACGGCAUCGACGUGGACGACAUGCUGCAGCGGAUCAACAUCAUCCUGAAGGCGGACGCGUCCGGGACGGUCGAGGCCAUCAAGGGCGCGCUGGGCAACCUCCCGCAGGACCGCGUCUCGCUGCGGUACCUGCUGGCGGGCGCGGGCGAGGUGACCGAGUCGGACAUCGACCUCGCGGCGGCGUCGCAGGGCCUGGUCGUGGCGUUCAACGUGACCCCGAGCGAGUCGGUCACGUCGCGCGCCAAGCAGCAGAACGUGGAGAUUCGGACGUACCGCAUCAUCUACGACCUGAUCGACGACGUGCGCGGGAUGAUGGAGGGCCACCUCGCGCCCGUGAUGGAGCGCAUGGACAUCGGGAAGGCCGAGGUGAAGGCGGUCUUCGGCGGCGGCAAGGCCGGCAAGGUGGCGGGCGUGGAGGUGGUGGACGGCGCGCUGCGCAAGGGGGCGUUCGCGGCGGUCAAGCGCGGGCGGAAGAACUACGCGGUCGAGAAGGCCGCGGUGCUGUCGAUCCGGCGCUUCACGGAGCUGGUGGACGAGGUGGAGGCGGGGACGGAGUGCGGCGUGGGGUUGGAGGGCUUCAAGGACUUCCAGGAGGGGGACGUCAUCGAGUGCUACGAGCUGGUGCGGAAGCGCCGGACGCUCGAGGAGGCCAGCGAGGCGCGCGUGGCCGACCGGGACAGCGCGCGGGAGAAGCAGAAGGAGAUUGCCGAGGCCGCGUCGAGCUGA